AUGCGUCAAUCAAUUGUCGUGAAAGCUCGUGUCGAUGAUAUGGAAAAAGCGGAGAAUGCCAUUUUCGAUCUUACCGAAUCACUUGGAACGUUCUUCGUUCAAGAAGAUGUCUAUUUCAAUGUUCCAAAUGGGAAUCUCAAGCUGCGAAUAAUGCAUCCAAAUAGGUGCGGUCAGCUCAUCUACAGUUCAUUGAGUGAAAAGUCCGAUCACAAACUAAGUGAAUCGCAAGUGACAGAAGUGGAGGAUGUGCUAUCUAUUCGAGUGAGUUCUUCAAAGGUAUUUGUUCCCUUUAAUCACCGAUUCGUAUUGGGCGUUCUGUGUCCCGAUAGUGAUGAUUGA